AAGGCAUCAAACUUCUUCGAGCUGGGCGGAACAAGUAUGCCAGCCGGACAGCUCCUUGCUCACCUUUGACAGACGUUGAGCUUGCGCCUUGCCAUCGACACCUUGUUCUUCAAACACCCAGACAUUGGAGCCUCUUACGGCAGUGAUCGAUGGGCGGAAGCGAGCACACUCCGCCAGGCUCGAAGACAGUCAGCAGAGGAGCAGGCGGCCCUAAAGGUCCUACCUGGCUGCAAAGAGCAAUGCAGCUCCACCCGUCCGCUGAUACUGCUCAUACAAUUGUUUCCGAUUUUCUUCUACUACCCGAUGAAGCGUGCACUUUUAUGGUCGCUAUUCAUGCACUUUCUGACCUUCAUGCAAGGCUGGAUUACAAACAAGAGCAUCUUGGGCCGUGUAUUCGACAUAAUCAUCUCCAUGGCAGCCGCGAGAGCCGUAACCAAGAUCGUAGCUCCUCUCCUUGGCAUCUUGUUCAAGUAGCUCGUCAUCGGUCGCUACGAGGAGGGUGUGUGGCCGAUGUGGAGCAGAUCCCACACGAGAUGGUGGUUUUGCCAGAAGGUGAUCUCGAUCUCCGGGAUGCGUGUUUUCGGUCUUACCAAACGGAGUCGUGUCUGGUAUUAUUGAAUGCUCGGAGUCAAAGUCGUAAGGACUGUUACGAUCAACAAAGGCGCAACUCUGGGGAAGUUCGACCUCAAUCGACUUUAUGUCGGCGAGAGGAGCGUGCUGCGGAGUGGCUCAAGGCUCCUAUCAGGCGCUAGGACGGAGGCGGACACCUGCAUACUUGAGCACACUCCCGUCAUGGCUGGGGACGUGGUGGAUGAGGGAUACACUAGCCAAGGUUGGCGUGCGGAGGACUUCAAAGAUAAUCGGAUGCCGA